AUGGACUCCGGGGACUUCUUUGACAAUUACCAAGCUGCCGCUGACUCUUCUGUCCUGAAGAAGGACAGCAAAAGAGCUCGAGGGGAAAGUAGCAAGACCCCUUCGAAGAAGGCCCGGACAGAAGAUGCUCCUGCUACAGCCCCUUCCAAGGAGGACUUACCACCUUCGCCCCCCUCUGAGCAGACGACCCCCGCGCCCGGGAUGCUGUCUUUGACUGCUAGCUGGCGCCGUGCUGAGGCGCUGGUCUCCCGAGAAAAGAACUACGACUCCAGGCUAGCCCAGGCCAAGCAAGCGCUUGAGGCUGAUAACACUAAGCUACUCGAGGAUAACAAUAAGCUUCUUGUGAAGAACAAGGAUCUGUCCAAGCUGAACAAGCAACUGUGCGAGGACCAAGCCACUCUCACCCAAGAGCUUCAGGAGUCCCAAGAGGCAUUGAAGAAGGCCAACGAGGAGCGUAAGACAUGGAGGGAGAGUGUCGUACUCGUCACCCAAGAAUCAAAAAGAGGCAUAAGGCAAGGAGAUCCUUUGUCUCCAUUACUGUUUGUCUUAGGUAUGGAAUACCUCUCUCGGAUCAUGAUUAAAGUAGGAUCUUGCUCAGAUUAUAAAUAUCAUGUUAAGUGUAAAUCUUUGAAAUUGAAUCAUUUAUGCUUUGCGGAUGAUCUACUAAUGUUUUGCCAUGGAGACUUUGUUUCGAUUUUAUGGAUGCUUAGAGGGCUCAAGCUCUUUUCGGGGACUUCUGGCCUAGUACCAAACCAAAACACAUCUGCAUUCUACUGUAGUGGUAUGGCAGAGUCUGAGGUUAAUCGAAUCACAGCCGCUUCAGGAUUUUCCAGGAGUCAGUUGCCGUUCAGAUACCUUGGUCUUCCAAUCUGUUCUAAGAGACUCUCAUCAGUAGAAUGUGGCCUUAUUUUAGAAAAAAUGGUUCAUCGAAUUAGGCAAUGGAGCACAAGAAACUUAUCUUAUAUGGGCAGAGUUACUCUAAUAAACUCAGUUUUACUGUCUAUACAUUCAUAUUGGGCCCAAAUUCUGAUAUUGCCAAAGAAAGUGUUGAAGGACAUUGAUGCCAUUUGUAGAGCUUUCCUCUGGAGAGGAAUGAGUGACAAUGCAGGGCCUGGACUAGUAGCUUGGCAUCAUAUCUGCAAUGCUAAAACAGGUGGAGGGCUGGGGUUUAAGAGAGUUGUGGAUUGGAAUAUUGCAGCCAUAGGAAAAUACAUAUGGGCUAUUGCUUCAAAAAAGGACAAUCUAUGGGUUAAAUGGAUACAUAACAUCUAUUUGAAGCAAAUGGAUUGGUGGGAUUACAAAGCUCCAUUGAAUAGCAGCUGGUAUUGGAGGAAAAUGGUGGCUGUUAAGGACAUGUUUAAAGCUAAAAUCGAUAAGGCAUCUUUUGCAGCACUGAAGUUCAGUAUCAAAGUCAGCCAUGAUUUGUUGUUUGAUUCCCCUAUCAAAGUAAACUGGGCAAAGUAUGUUUGGGAGAGGUUCUCUGUACCAAAACACAGAUUUGUCUUCUGGUUAGCCAUGAUGCAGAGAUUACGCACCAGAAUGUUCAUUCACAAGUAUGAUCCCUCCAUUGAUUCAUCAUGCUUAUUCUGUGGAGAUUUUAGUGAAGAUGUUCAUCACCUUUUCUUUCAAUGCAAAUAUAGUAGAACAUGUCUAAUACAAGUGAAAGAAUGGCUGGGCUGGAAAGUUAAAGCAGAGGAAUAUGGGUGCCUUCUGCAUUGGAUUGGGAAAACUAGAAGAUGGAGCAGAUUUCAGAAAAGCACUUUCACAGCAGUUCUUGCUUCUCUGAUCUACCAUAUUUGGAGAGUGAGAAAUGACCUUCUGUGGUCUCAAAAGAUGUGGACCAUAGAUCAUACCAUCCAGGCAAUACAAAGGGAUAUCAGAUUGAGGAUAUAUCCUUUAAUUACAAGCAAAACAAAGUCCUUAGAUAAAGAUUGGUUUCAGACAAUUUGUCAAAAGUAG